ACAAUGAAAUAGCGAGACAUUUUAUUCACAACGAAAACAAGCGAAACGGCAAUAGAAACCGACAAACAUCUUCGCUACGAUUUUUAUUCUGUGAGUGAGCAGAUUCGCAACAUCCAACGAGUAUUCUGUAAUGAUCUCGCCUGUCAAAAUUUAACCAAAAAAUCGCUCGCGAACCGCAAAAUGGAGAACGUCGUAGCUUGCAUAAAUUCCGCGAUCGAGUCGCGAAACGACCGCGAACUGACAAAGAAUCUGAAGUGGUUGCUGGACCAGGCGGGCACUCUGACGCUGAAGGACGCGGGUUUCGUCAGAACGUUGUUAAACUAUCCGGCGGUACAGGUCAGGACGGCCGUGUCGGACGUCAUUGCCGAAUACUGCAAGCGAUCGGAAAACCGAAAGCUGUUCACGGACCGCGAGAUCGUCGAAAAGCUGACACGGUUCGCGGAAACCGAGGGCGAGUUGCGCGUCGCGUCGGUCCGUGCCCUCGCCAACAUUUGCUACGAAAACGAAGAGGGCUGCGGUCUGAUCGACGACAUCGACGCGAUCUUUUCGCUGUUGCAAAAGGCGCGAGACGAUGAUCCGUUCGCGACAAAAGUCUGCGGUUUGCUCGUCAAUUUGUUGCACGGCCGCGACGGACUCUGCGAGGCGGCGUUGCGGGCGGGCGUUCUGCCAGCGAUCGAAAGGCUGCUCGCGAAAUACAAAGACGCGCCACCCGGACUACAAAACGAACUCUCGGUCGUCCUUUUGUUGUCAGUGCUGAACGCCCUCGCGGAGUACACGGACGACACGGAACACGUAUUUAGUGACGCGACGAUCGCGUCGGUCGCGGAUAUUUUCAAAUGCUCGGACAGUUUGGAAACGUGCGUGUCGUGUUUGGAACUGUUCUCCGCGUUGUGCGAAAAGGACAACGUGAAACGCGUACUCGCCGAACGGGGCGUCUGCGACCUCUUGUAUAAUCUCAUCGAAAAGUACAGGGACAAAUUGGACAGCGACGCGGACUGUAGAUCGGUGCUGAGGAUGGCGUGUGACGUCAUAGUGCUCGUGCUCACCGAUGACGCGUGCAUGAACCUGUUAUAUGACGAGGGGCGGGGCAAGACUUACGAAAAUAUGUUGACUUGGCUCGACUCGGAGGACCCCGAUCUGUUGAGCACGAGCGUGUUGGCACUGGGAAAUUUCGCGCGCAGAGACACCCACUGCAUCGAAAUAGUCGAUCGCGGGGUGUCGAAGAAACUGAUAACUUUGCUCGGCAAGUACAACGAAAGCUCUAGUCUCGAAGACGUCAACGUGCAACACGCGUUGCUCAGCACGCUCAAGAACCUCGUCAUACCGAAGGAGAACAAGAGACGCGUCUUGGACGAGGGUGUAAUCGAGAUUAUGUAUCCGAUGCUCAAGCUCGACAACAACAUGGUGGUGUUUAAGUUGUUGGGCACGUUCCGGAUGCUCGUCGACGGGCAGCGGGACGCCGCGUCCGACCUGGUUUCGCGUCGGGACUUCAUCGAGAGGUUGGUUUACUGGUGUUACAACUCCGAUCACUUGGGCGUCAGGGGCGAAGUGCCGAGGAUUUUCUCGUGGCUCGUGAAAAACUGUCACUCUGCGGAUUUGUUCCCGACGUUCGUGUCGAUCAAGGAUAGCGUCGGCUGCAUUGUCGACAUGAUCGUGUCGAACCACGCGGUGAUGCAGAACGAAGCGUACAGCGCAUUGGGUCUGCUGUGCGCGGGGUUAUCGGAGCCCCAUCUCGGACGUUUUUACGAAUCGUUGAUAAACGCGGAACUAGAAUCCAAACUCCGUUUCAUUACGACGAAAUACGGCGCCAAGUGGAACGCAGAGACCAUCGAAAACUUGCUCGGUUUGCUGGAACGUUUGUCGGCAUCCGAAAAGGUCGUAGCCCAAUUGCGAGACUCGGACUACGCCGACGUCCUGAUCAGACUGAAGGACAACCCGAACGCGAAGAACCCCGACGAAAUCGAUAGACUGGUUGAGAAGUUUAAAAAGUAAGGGGCUUCCCGUUCCGUCGCGGUUCCAGGGCCGGUGUUCAGGUCCCCAAUUAGCCGGUAGAGGUUGCCGAAGAGUUUUCUCCAGAAUUUCACAUUGUUCCGCUUCGAGUUUUGCCCUCACGACACCCGCGUCUCGUUUUUGUAUCGCAAAAUGUACAACGUUUCGACAUUACAU